CGCACACACAGUCCGGCGAGUCGGAUCCGUAGAGACACGUAGAGACGCGGCGCGCGCGUAAGGGCCCCUUAUACCGGAAUCGAACCGCGGAGACUCGGCUUCUCGCGCAUCACGUAUAUCGUAUCCUCGGCACGCGAGUGAAAACGCGCGGCCACGCAACGCGAACGGGCGACCCACGACGGUGUGUGGCACCCUGUCCGAUCGGCGCUUCGGCCGUGUCCGUCCGUCAUAUUCCCGGCCCGAGGAAGAGAGAGAGAGAGAGAGAGAGAGAGAGAGAGAGAGAGAGAGAGAGAACGAGCAAGGUUGCUGGCACACGUAGUUGGUGGUGUUGCGACGCAGAGCGAGGCGGAGGGGACGUUGUGGUGCCGCGUACGGAGCGAAGGCGAGAAACCAGCGAUUGGGAACUGACUGCCGGCCAUGGAGAAGCGGAUAGAGCUCGAGAAGCGAGGAAGGAAGCCCGGCGACAUCAAAGAACUUGUUCUUGAUAACUGCCGGAGUACGCACAUUGUGGGUUUGACAAAUGAAUUCAGCGCCCUGGAGUCAUUGAGUCUCAUCAACGUGGGUCUUACCAGUCUAAAAGGCUUCCCAGAGUUGUCCAGUCUUAAAAAGUUGGAGUUGAGUGACAAUCGGAUUUCGGGUGGUUUAAAUUUGCUCGAUUCGAGCCCCAAAUUAACUCAUCUGAAUCUGAGUGGAAACAAGAUUAAAGAUCUCGACACGCUACAACCAUUGAAAGAGUUCAAAAAUCUGAAGAGCUUGGAUCUGUUCAACAAUGAAGUGACAAAUAUGGAUAACUACAGAGAGAAAGUCUUCAGUCUUAUUCCCAGUUUACGAUAUCUUGAUGGAUACGAUGCCGAUGAUUGCGAAGUUGACAGUGAAGGCGAGGAUGACGAAGUCAAUGGAAAUGAAGAUGGAGAUGGGGAGGAUAACGAAGAAGACAGUGAAGAAGUUUCAGAUGAAGAAGAAGAUGAUUUCUUAGAUGACGAUCCAGGAUUAGAGGCGGUCUAUUCGGGAAGACUUGAUGAGGUGAGCGAUGAGGAAGAUUAUAUGGGAGAGGAAGAAGAGGAAGAUGAUGAUGACGAUAAUGAAGAUGAUGAACAGGAAGAAGAAGAAGAAGAAUCUCCUGUUCGAGGAAAGAAAAGAAAAAUUGAAGAUGGAGGUGAGAACUUGAACGAUUAAAAUGAGGGACAAGUCUCCAGUACUGUUGAAUGAGUGUAAAAUUCGUAUAAAUAAUAACAAUAAACGAUGCCGAGUGAACAGCUGGGAAUCAAACUAAUCGAUCGACCAAUGACAGACUACAGUUAGUGAUGUGAAUUUAUCAGUAAAUCAUUGACUGUGAGGAAAUUGUCUGUGUAACAACAAAAGAUUUACCAUAUGGAAGAAGCGGAAUGAGGUACAGAGAGAAGAAGAAGGGGAGAGAAAUAGAUAAUGAUGUCAUAAAAAUAGGGCUGCAUUCCAGCUGGACACAGCACAGUUUUAGUUAUACUAACGAUAUUUUAUAUAGAGUAUAUAGUUAGAGUAUUAGUGGUGUUGCAUAGAAUGAACGGAAGAUCAGAAUAUUAAAUGAUUCAAAGAGAGAAAGUAUGAGAGAGAGGGAGAGAGAGCGAGGGUGAGAGUGAAGCGAGAGAGCGAGAAAGUAUGCGCGUGUACAUGUGCGUGCGAAAGAGACAAAAAUAGAGAACAGGAGGUAGCGGAGUUUUACACUUGAAGGAGCAUCUUGUCUGUUAGCUCCAGUCGGCCAAAGGCUGGUCACGCUGGAAUGCGGUCAUCUCGUUAAUCAGUACUAAGGUUACAUAAGUUACAUUUUAAAUACAUUAUUAUUGUACCGUGAAUAAGUAUAUAGAGUAAACAAGGAACAACUUUUGUACAGGUUUACACCAUACAUCGAGGUGCAUUAUAUGCCUCUGUGAUUUUUGGGACAGAAAAUAAAGAGAGAGAGAGAGAGAAAUAUAUUGCUCGUAUAUGUGAGCGUAUAUAUCCGACGAGGGUGGGAUGGGGAAAUAUAUGUUAUAAAAUAAAACAGGACUAUCGCUAUAAUCAAUAGCGAAGUAUGCACUUCUCGCGAGGACGUUUUAUGCUACAGAUUCGCUACAGAUAUUCGCGAGAUACGGUAUCAACGGGGAGAGAAAAGAGAUAGCAAAUAGCAAAUAAUGUCAUAAUAUUUAUUAUUGUUUUCAAUCGCGUGAUUCCGAUGACAGGAGAGCGAGAGAGUUAGAUCGUUUAUAUCCAGAUAUGAAAAUUCUCCAAUACACCUCGAUCGACGUGUCGAGCGUUUUGCGCGUGAUGAACGCAGACACGAUGUUAUCCUAACUCUUAACUUACAAUUAGAUUUUUUUCUAGUAAGCUUUAAGUUCCAGAUAUUCUCUAUACAAUGUCUGAUAUACAACGGUCCAGCACAUGGCUGUUAGGAUUAUUGUUAUUUACUCUCGAGCAUCGCCUAAAAGUGAUACUCCUUUAAUAUAAAUGAAUCAAUUUGAUGAUUAUUAUUACGAUUUAUGAUAUUCUCUCACUUUUGCAAAUAAUUAUACAGUUAUAUAACUCAA